AACCAGCAAAAUGAUGAUUGGCUGCUUACAGUGUUUGCUCUAAAAUCCAUGAUAUGCCUUAUGUAGCCUUUGGAGGAAAAAUAGCCUGAUCUAUUGGUGUGCAAAAAUGGCCAAGAGAAUUGCAGAGAAGGAACUGACUGACCGAAACUGGGAUCAGGAGGACGAAGCUGAGGAGGUGGGAACGUUCUCAGUGGCCAGCGAGGAGGUGCUGAAGAACAGAGCCAUUAAAAAGGCAAAGCGCCGGAAUGUGGGAUCCGAGUCUGAAAGUGGAGGAGCUUUCAAAGGGUUUAAAGGCUUUAUGUUGCCUUCUGGGAAAGGAGGAGGUGGCUUCGGCGGAUUUGGGAAUGGUGCAGGAAUGAAGCCUUUGGAAGGGCUGUCUAAUGGAAGCACUGCUGUCUCUAGCACUCCUCCUUUCAGCAGUUUGAAGACCACUCCCGAAACACAGUCAGCAUUUGGGUCGCCCAUGUCCAACGGCCCCGGUGCCGCAGCGUUUGCCGAGACCAAGGCCGGGGGGGGCAGGCAGGGCUCCUACCACAAACAGCUGGCCGCCCUCAACUGCUCCGUGCGCGACUGGAUCGUGAAGCACGUGAACUCCAACCCGCUGUGCGACCUGACCCCCAUCUUCAGGGACUACGAGCGCUACCUGGCCAGCAUCGAGCAGCAGCACGGCAGCGACAGCGGCUCCGAGGGCGAGGCCGCCGGCACCCCCGGCGCCAGGGCCGCCCCUGCCUUCGGGGGCACGAAGCUGCAGGGCUCGGCAUUCCUGUUCAACAGCGGCAAGGCCGAGGAGGCGCCCGCAGACAGAAAGGCCGAGGCCGAGAAGAAGGAGCCGUCCUUGGGAGCCGCCUCUGCCGUCUCCUUUAACUUUGGCAAGAGCGCCGACAGCCCUGCUCUGGGCUCCCUGGGCUCAGGAACGCUCAGUAGUUUCUCCUUUUCCCCUGGGAAUUCGGGAUUGUUUGGAAAAGACGCAAACCAGGCCAAGUCUGUCAUUGCGGCACCCACCAGUUUGCUGGAAGCUCAGGCAGAGAGCAGCAAUGCCGAUGAGAAAGGAGGAGAAGAGGAGGAAGAAGAGCCACCAAAAGUCGUUGUUAAUGAAAUAAAAGAGGAUGAUGCUUUCUACUCAAAGAAGUGCAAACUGUUUUACAAAAAGGAUAAUGAAUUUAAAGAAAAAGGGGUAGGAACAUUACAUUUAAAACCAGCAGGAAAUGAAAAAACUCAGCUCCUAGUCCGAGCAGAUACCAAUUUAGGGAACAUACUGUUGAAUGUCCUAAUUCCACCUAAGAUGCCAUGCACAAGAACUGGGAAGAACAACGUUCUCAUAGUUUGUGUCCCCAACCCACCGAUCGACGAGAAGAACCCGACUGCUCCUGUCACCAUGUUAAUAAGGGUGAAAACAAGUGAGGAUGCAGAUGAGUUGCACAAAAUCUUACUGGAGAAAAAGGAGGCUUAAAAUAAGUCGCAGUCAGUGAUUUGAGGAAUUAUUGCCAAACUGCUGCUGCUCUUUUUUCCUUCCCUAACUUCACUUGAACAUUUAACUCUUUACUCUGAUAUUAAGAACUGUUAUAGGAAUUCUGGAAAAAAUUAUGUGAGGAAAAGCUAAACUAGCUAAUAAAAGCUUUAAUAGAACACAAGUGUUGGACUGUGCUCCCUCAUUUUUCAGUGUCUAAAUGCAGGACCUCUUCUGGAUAAAGCACAUGGAUAUAAAUCCAGGCGUAUGUUUUUAGCACCGCUCGACCAAAUGGACUGAAAUCUGAGCACAGAAACAUGGUACCAGAGCUUCCUCACAGACUGAUGCAAUGCAACCACCUCCUGCUUUGAGAAGGGAGGAUGUCCAAGUUUACCUGUUGAAACUGUUUGUAGACUCCAGAUUUUUAAUUUUGAUUGGUCUGUUGUAUUCUUUCUGGUGAGACUGGUUUCUGACUGGGUGACAACACUGCACCCCACCACAGAUGAUUUGUACUGUGCUGUGUCUGAACUCUUACAGACCCACGUGCUUUUGGGACUCAGAGACUGCAGAUGGUGACAAGAAAAUUUGCUUGUGUAGUCCUGUUGACAGUGGUGUUUUCUAGAGAAGAACUGUCACUUCUGUCCUUACUGUAGCAACAAGCUCAUGAUGUGCAAUAGUAGAAGCAGACAACUGGAAGACAGUUUAUCUGGGACCACACCAGCAUCCCCUGGCUCCUGACACACCAGAGGCCAAGGGCUGCACUUCCACGAUGGUCCUUCCAAGGUGUUUGUCCUCCCUCCUUGGGCCACUCCUGCAACCCGGCCGAGGCAGAGCUGUACGUGUUGUAUUUGUCCUGCUGCUGGUACUUUGCUGAGCAGAGCUCUUCCCACAGCCAAACUUCAGGGCUUUUGUAGACCUCUGUGUUGCCUCUGGUCUUUCCUUGCCCCUGUGCUGAAGCUGCAGUGCUGUGCUGCACAAUGUGCAGCUUUAGGACAAGCUUUCUGUUGCACGUAGGGAGCGCUGGGUUAAUCUAGAACUUAGUUGUCAGCUGUGUUAAAGUUACCCAUGUGGCAAUAAUUCAUGGAUCAGAACACUGAUUCUGGUCUUGGUUUCCAUCUCAGCAUUAUGUCAGACUCUGUUUGGUGGUUUAAUCCUUUUCUUUUGCAAAUCUUCUUCCCUAGUAAUUGUUUUUCUACUGCACUCCCAGCUCUGGGACCUCUCCAAGAGCUCGGUGUUCAUGUUAAACUUGAAGUGCUCUCUGGCUCAGCUCUGGAAGAUGGAAUGAACAUGCCACCCUGCCUCUGGCUAAUGUGACACACAGGAAAAACCCUGCCCUUCCUUAAAAAAUACCCACAGGCCAUCUGGAAAUCCACCCUACUGGCAUCCUGUGGGCAGGGAAAAAGGAGUAGCACCAUUUGCUGAGGUGCAGCACAUCUCACCUGUCCCUCCUGCUCCGGGGGGACAAAAGCUGCCUCUAGGCCUAAUUUACUGCACAAUUCAGGUUAUGGCCUUUUUUCCCCCUCUUAACUAAAAGGAGGAAAAACUUGAUAGGAUCUACAGCCCUCCUGACCAAAGUUCAAAGACAAAGGCCUUUGCUCACGUUUCAGCUACGCUUGGCUACAGGAACUGCAUUUUUAACACUGAAGUGUAAGAGGAGAUUUUAAGGUAUUAUUUGAAAUAUAAACUGGUGCCUUUGGGGGUUUCUUUCUGCAUCUGGCUCAGUACUUAAACGCUAAGAAGUCAGUGACAUUACUUUCCUCAAAAUAAGAUGCUUUUUUAAAAAAAAAAAAAAAAAAAAAUCUUGCUGCUACCUGAAUUGGAGGGCGUGUGUGCUCACUGUGCAUGAAUGAAAAGCAGAACAUUACCUGCCACUUUAGUCCAGGCUCAGGUCUCGGGUCCAAGGGCUCAGUUAAAUUUGCAUUUGUCUUUUGAGUGUUGUCUUACCCUGUUUCUGCAGGCAGGUUGGUAGAGCAGAGCUCUGGCUGUGCAUCCCCUGAGGAGCAGCUCUGUCCAGGUGUGUCCGUGGGCUCAGCCUUCUGUUCCUUUGCUUCCCAAAGCUCCUGGCUCUGGAACUGCUCCUUCAUCCAGAGAAAUGUGGACCAACAGGCUGACCUUGCCCUUCUCUCCUCGUGCUGUGCCUCUGCAGUGGGGCAGGUGUGGGGUUCUGCACACACACACAUGGCCCAGCUCUGCCAGUGCAGCUCUGCCCUGUCUCCAAGGGGGAGCACAGAGGGUAAGGGAAAAUAAGUAGAAUAAUAAUGAAUGGUGUUGGGAAAAAUUAAACCUUACCAUAGCCAUGGUAGCAAGUCAGGUCUUCCCCUAGCUGUGGGAAAGACUGAGAUGAGACACCUGAAUUCUUCAGUGCAUGCAUUUAUCAGCAAAGGCAGGGGAAGGUAAAUCACUGAGAUGUUGUAUUCAUUAGCGAGUCAAAUAUAUGCACAAACAUACAACUGUAAACACUUACAUGGGGAAAGUUGCCCCUAAAAGAACAGGGAAGAAUUUUACUGCAGAUCAGACUUUAAUCAACAUCAGUUCCUGGUGACCCUGCCAUUAUCUGGAUUAUAGAGCAGGAAGUCACACACUUUUCCCUUGCUGCUCAGGUCUAGAGCACAGCCCUUCUGCAGCACUGUCAGAACAAAGACAUUUCUGAAGAUGCUUCAGUUUCUAGUCGAGAAAUAUUAAAAUACACAAAUGCUGUAAAAAGUCAGAGAUUAUGACAUAGAAAUAAAGGCCUAAAAUGAGUUAAAAGCAAACGUUAGUGGAGAGCACAGACAUCAACAUACUAAUGCCUUCAUAACAAAGUGGCUCAUGCUCUCCAAGGAAGGAAUUUUGAUCAGAAUUGCUACUCCAGGAGGCAUUCCUGUAUCUUGGGAGACAUUUGAUGUAUUUGACAGCUGGAUAUCAGACACCUGAUGUUAAAGAUGCAAGUUCCUGCCCUCGUUUGCAUUAAUGCCUUCGCUGUCCGUAGGUGUUUGAGUGUCUUAUGGAUCAUCCACUCCUCCUGCUACUCUGACUUUGGAGUUUCAGCUGCUUAGAAAUCUUUCCUUUCCCUCCCACCUCCCCGCCCAGAAAAAUCAAGAUCUCUGCUUUUUAAUUCUCAGAAUCAUUGCUAAGGGAGAAUUAUUACACUUGGUUUGAAUUUUAUUUUAAAAUAUUAAUUGCAACAUGCAAGGAUUUUUUUUUUUUUUGUUUGUAAUGUACUUAAAAUUAUCUGUUUGGGAGCACAGUAGUGUGUUCCUGUAAUCCUUUUUGGUUGAUGGAUGUAAAAGUUUAAAUUAAAUUUACAGUUCAGAUGAACAUGUUGUAGAACAUAAACGAAUCAGGAGGUUUGCUUUGCUGUUACAAACUGCAGUUCAGCUCCCUUUGCGGCACUGUAACAUUUAAGAUGUCCUUAAAGACUUUCUUUCUGAUGCCUUAACUUAUUUGCAUUUGAGAAAAUUUUGUAGCUGGUGCCUGUGUGCAGAAAUGAACUGACAUUAAACAACUGAAGUGGCAUGAGCUAGUCUAAAUCCAAUGAAAAUGCUGAAUGUGAUGAUUUGUUAGUUGUUAAUAGAUUUCAAAACGCUCUGAAUUUUUCAGUGGAUCCUUAAGUUUUACAUAACUUGUCAUGUAACAAUGUUUUCAUUAGUUCUGAUACACUGAGGACGUGUACAAAAAUCCAUGGAAAAUGUGAAUAAAUGAAUGGGAGAUUCA